CCAGCAAGAUGGCGCCGCCCGCGAUGCUGCGCUCCUUCAGCAGGCUCCUGGCCCCGGCCAGGCUUCCGAACCGCUCGUCAGCGCGGUCGAAGUUCUAUGUUCGGGAGCCGCUACAUGACAAACCUGACUGGCUGAAAGUUGGGUUGACCUUGGGCACUUCCGUCUUCUUGUGGGCCUAUCUUAUCAAGCAACAUAAUGAAGAUGUUUUAGAGUAUAAAAGAAGAAAUGGGUUGGAAUAAACUUUUUAAAUACUAAUACAGUACUCCACAUGUAGCGAUGAAAGCAGUUCCAAUCUGUUGAGUUGUAAAUGUGAGAGAAAAGUUAUAUGUGAAUAUAUGUCGUCAGCAUUUGUGUUUUGCAUCAUUAAAUGAAAAAAUAAAAAUACAUCUGUAUUCUUCAGAUUGUGUAGAUUGUGACAAUGUGUAGAAAAUGUCGAUUCUAAGAUAUAUUGUUAAAAGUAUUUCAGUGUGGAGGAUACCAUCUGAUAACAGGGUCAGUGGUAAUUAAGGGCCAUUGGUAAGAAAACUUAAGGAGGGUAGAUUAAAAAGUCACUGCUGAAGGAUUUAUUCCAUCUAUUAACUUUUAAUUUCUAACCAAAACACUUAUUCUUUAGUGUAUCAGGGUGAUAGAACUACUUUAUUACUCAAAAUACAAAAGAGCACACUCAUUUCUUCUAGAGGAGUCAUUUUGGUUAAGUCAGAAAGUAAAAUUGAAUCCUGUUAUCAGAGUUUCUUCUCACACCAUUUCUUUGAAUUUAAAUGGUUUGAAUUUGAAUGAAUCAGUUGGAUGACUGGUUAUGUCAACACGAAGCUUGUUAUCCCUUUUCUGUUAAUAUUACUUUUAUCCAGUGAUUAGCAAACUCCUGACUGUUUCAAAAAGGAGGGAGGAGAGGAAAGGUUAAGAGACACAAAUUAAAAUACACUUCACUUAUUCCUCAUCAAAACCCUUUCUUGUGAAUCAAUUAAAACUUAUUUAUAUGCCACUUCGUUAACUUGUAAUUUAAACACUUAGUGUACCAUACAUUUAAAAAUGUAUUAUUUGUGUCUCCAUUCUCAUGUUAAGUGGAAAGGUUUAUUGCCUUAUAAUUGGCUUUAUGUGUGUUUUGGGCUCUAGCCAACACUUAUUGUGGGAGAUUCAUGACAAUAUCUUGGGAAGUCACUUCUGAAUAUAAAUUAAGAGUUAAAUUAUUUCGAAAUAAUUAUUGAAUCCAAAUUCGGUGAAAGACCAGAUAUAGCAGUAACUGUUAACUUUUGUCAAUUUGGAGUCCUAGGUGAUAGAGCUGAAAGGACCUUAGGGGUCAUGUAGACCAAGCUCAUAAUUUUACAGAUGCAAAACCAGCAGUGAAGAGUGACUUGCCCAACAUCACUGUGGUAAGUAGAAUAAUGGACCCCCAAAGAUAACCAUGUUCUACUCCCUGGAAUCUGUGUACAUGUUAGGUUACAUGGGAAAGGGGAAUUAAGGUUGUAGAUGGAAUUAAGUUUGCUAAUCAGCUGGAAUUGAGAUGGGGAGAUUAUCCUGGAUUAGCUGGCUAGGCCUAUUGUAAUUGCAAGAGUCCUUAUAAGUGGAAGAGGGAUGCACAAGUGUGUGUGAGAGAGAAGAGAUGUGAGAAAGACUCAACUGGCCAUUGCUACCUUCAAAGAUGGAAGAGGGCCAAGAGCCAAGGAAUGGAAAAGACAAAAGAGUAACACAACCCUGUUGUCACCUUGAUUUUAGCCCACUGAGACCUGUGUCUUAUUUCUCACCUACAAAACUAUAAGACAAUAAAUCUUUUGUGUUUUAAACCACUAAGUUUGUUAUAGCAGCAGUAGGAAACUACUAUUGUCACAUGGCAGUAGAGACGAAGAGGUCAGAUAUCAACUCCCAAUUCAAGACACUUUCCACUAAAACACUUAAAAAUUCAUAUUCCUGAAGGGAACAGAAAACUAUAAGACACUUGAAAUUUUGGAAACUGAUAGCCUUAGUUGGAAAUAAAAUGUAAGUUCAAUAAACAAUAUCUACUGUA